ACAGCUCCAGACCCCUCUAACCGGCUGGGGCCUUUCUCGCUGGUACAUUAGGCGACACCCCAGGGCGGGCGCUCUUCUAGCACCAGGGGGCGCGCGGCUGCUCAGGGGCCCUUCUGGCCUGCGGCAGCAGCUCGACUGCUCCGAGGCGGGCCAGGUGAACCCCCGCGGUUCCCCGCAACGUGCCGGUACCGCUGGAGCUACUACCAUGGAGGUGCCGGUGGGCACCCGGCCUCAGGAAGCUGGCGAAGGGCUAGGCGGGACUAGAUCCAUGUCCUCCGGCCGCGCAGCGCGGGCCUCCGCGGUGCCCUGGGCGCGCUUCUCCGCCUGGCUGGAGUGCGUGUGCGUGGUCACCUUCGAUCUGGAGCUGGGCCAGGCGCUAGAGCUAGUCUACCCAAGUGACUUCCGGCUCACAGACAAGGAGAAAAGCAGCAUCUGCUACCUGUCAUUUCCAGACUCUCACUCAGGAUGCCUCGGAGACACUCAGUUCAGCUUCCGCAUGCGUCAGUGUGGAGGACAGAGAAGUCUCUGGCAUGUUGACGACGGGCCUUACAACAACAAGGCCCCCUUAGCACUUCAGAGGGAGCCAGCGCACUACCUGGGCUAUGUGUACUUCAGACAGGUGAAGGACAGCUCUGUGAAGAGGGGCUACUUCCAGAAGUCUUUAGUGUUGGUGUCCCGUCUGCCAUUUGUCCGGCUGUUUCAGUCACUGUUAAGCCUGAUCGCCCCUGAGUACUUUGAGAAGCUGACACCCUGCCUGGAAGCAGUUUGUAAUGAGAUUGACCAAUGGCCAGCCCCUGUGCCCGGGCAGACCCUGAAUCUACCUAUUAUGGGAGUCGUCAUUCAGGUGCAGAUCCCAUCCAGGGUGGACAAGCUAGAAUCCAAUCCUCCAAAGCAUGACCAAGAGAACCUGCUGCCAGCCCCAGUCGUCCUCACUAGUGUCCAUGAACUGGAUCUGUUCAGGUGCUUCCGGCCAGUGCUGACCCACGUGCAGACCCUGUGGGAGCUCAUGCUCCUUGGGGAGCCCCUACUGGUCCUGGCACCUUCGCCCGACGUGUCUUCAGAGCUGGUGCUAGCCCUGACCAGCUGCCUACAGCCCCUGAAGUUCUGCUGUGACUUCCGCCCCUACUUCACCAUUCACGACAGCGAGUUCAAGGAGCUCACGACACGAACGCAGGCUCCACCAAACGUGGUCCUGGGAGUCACAAACCCUUUCUUUAUCAAAACACUCCAGCACUGGCCCCAUGUCCUCCGAGUUGGGGAGCCCAAGAUGGCAGGGGAUCUUCCUAAGCAGGUCAAGCUUAAAAAACCCUCUCGGCUGAAGACCCUCGACACCAAGCCAGGCCUCUACACCUCAUAUACUGCCCACCUCCACCGAGACAAAGCGCUGCUUAAACGACUGCUCAAGGGCGUACAGAAGAAACGGCCGUGGGACACGCUGAGCGCCCUGCUGAGGCGCCACCUCCUAGAGCUCACACAGAGUUUCAUCAUUCCUCUGGAACACUACAUGGCCAGCCUCAUGCCACUGCAGAAGAGCAUCACACCCUGGAAGAGCCCCCCCCAGAUCUGCCCCUUCCGCCAGGAUGAUUUCCUGCGUAGCCUGGAGCAUGCAGGACCCCAGCUCACCUGCAUCCUCAAGGGCGACUGGCUGGGCCUCUACAGGCGUUUUUUCAAGUCCCCCCAUUUUGAUGGCUGGUAUCGGCAACGACACAAAGAGAUGGCCCAGAAGCUGGAGGCUCUGCACCUGGAAGCUAUUUGUGAGGCGAACAUCGAGGCCUGGAUGCAGGACAAGUCGGAGGUGGAAGUGGUGGACCUAGUCCUGAAACUUAGGGAGAAGCUGGUGCGGGCACAGGGCCACCAACUCCCUGUGAAGGAGGUGACACUGCAGCGGGCUCAGCUGUACAUCGAUACAGUCAUUGGCUCCCUGCCCAAGGACCUGCAAGCAGUCCUGUGCCCUCCCUAGGACAGGGCGAACCUGUGUGGUCCUGGGGGCCUAAGUCUGCCAAGUUCCCUCUCCCUUGAAGGCAGGCCUCCACCAAGCUGGAGCUUCCAGCCUUGGGCUCCUACCUCGGCUUCAGCUCCCUUGCGGAACCACCGUUGUCCCAGCAGUAAAAUGACAUUUGGAAUGACAGUCUGGUCCCUGACUAUUGGGGAUUCUGUGCUGGCACUGUCUCACUCCUUCCUGGGCCCCACCUGUCCUUCACAGCCGGACAUGGGAGUGGGCUAGUAGCCCUCACUGCUGUAGGUGCCUUCACCACCUGCCCCCUCCUGGCUCCCAUCUGCCCGCACUCCGGGAUGCCUUGUGUUGUGGGUCCUUUAGCCCAGCAGGCUUCUCACCUCAGGACAGAGGGAGGCAGCUGCCAGGGGCAGCCCUUCUCCUUUACAAGUCCACUCAUUCCCUCUUCUGCAGAGUGAUGGCUACUUCUCAGAGGCAGCUACUUGAGGGGGCAGAAGCUCUUUGUCCUGUGAGGACCUAAAUCUCUUUCCUGCUGUGAUUGGUCAGGGUGAGAGGGAUGGUGUGGGGCCUGGCACUCCACUUGGGGAAAAGCAAGCCCAGGCUGUGCUUUGAGGUCCUCACCAUAGUCCUUGUUCCUUUUCUUGGAACAGCCCCCUGGACACCUGCCCCAUGCAUUUCACCCAGGCUGCCAAGGGAUACUCCAGCUUCCCCCCCACCCCCGUGUCUGCCCCUCCCCUUGAAGCUUGAGAGGCUUUGGGCUAUAGCCUGCUGCUGCUGCAUUCUCUGCUGUCUUGGCCUUAGGGUAUAAUUGAUCUCUUAGGCAGAGGUGUCUCUUGGAGGUGCUCUAAUUAGGAAAGGGCUCAGUGUUCCCAGGGGGUUAAGCAUGCCAAGCCUUCCUCUUCCUUCAAGGCUCUAUCCUGGCUUCAGCCCUUUCCCUCAGAACCACCUUUGUACCAGCAGUAAAAAACAUUUUGGAACCAUAUCCUGGUCCCUAAAUGUUGAAGGAGUCUGUGCUGGCUGUGUCUUACCUCUUCCUGGAUUGGAUACUGUUGUGCAGUACCCCAAACCUGGGUACAGUGAGUUACAAAUGUUCUAACCCAGCACAAAACAGGGCCCUUUGGAGCUGCAGCCAAACCCCAGCUGACUAUCAGAAACCUGUAGGUGGAUCUCUUGACUACUUAGACUCCUCUUCUGAGAGACUGGGUUAUGACUAUGGCUCAGUGGACAGUGUUGGGCAGGAGCAGGGAAAGGGCAUUCAGAGAGAAUAGAUUGUACAUCCUACAAUCCUUUAAAGGGGUGCUAGCAAAGUAAGCUGGUUUAGAGACAAGGUUUCCCUGUGUAGCCUUGGCUAUCCUGGAACUCCCUCCGUAGACCAGGCUGGCCUUGAACUCACAGCAGUCCUACUGGGAUUAAAAGCGUGUGUCACCAAUGCCCAGCCAAGCUUUUGCUUUCUUAAAGCGCUCCCAUGCAGCAUAACCUGUUCUGUGUUCUUUGGACUCCUUAAUCAAACCCUCAAGUAUGUACUUCCUUGCCCUUCCCCAAGUGAUCCUUGCCAAGUGCAAAUACAACAAAGGCAUUCCAGUGUUAACAGUUCCCAGCACCAGCACGGUCCAUGUGCUCAUUUGUUUAUCCCUGACAGCUUGUCACACUGUGCCCACUUUACAGGUGAGGAAUCAGACAAGGUAGACGCGAUGAAGGUGUGCAGUGAGCUAGGUCAGUCUAAUACGGGGUCCAUGGAUGUGGCCAGUUAGAAAACUGAGCAGAGGCAGGUUGAGGUGGAGACCUUGGCAUCAGGAAGAGUGGUGCUGGCACCCCUGGGACAGAGGUGCCAGCUUCAUCACCAAGAUCCUGGUCUCCAAAGGAUCUUUAGAAACAUGGCACCUUCCACUGUGACAGUUGGAGCUCCCAGACUAUGGGGACAACAGAGUACUAGCCAUUUGGAGUCUGCAAAACUGUCUUUGGUGUGCCCAGCCUCCUAUCCAAAUGCACGCUGAGCCUCCCAGGCCUUGGUGGUGCCACCCUGGAAGCACAUCCCAGAUGCCACUGCAGUGUGUUUCUCAUGUUUUUCGCUAGACUUUCCGAGGGCUGCGGCACAGUAGGCUUCCUUGGUGGCCGCCCAGGACCUUAGCCACCAUCAGCCUGUGACUAUAACCAGCUUCUCUCCUGCCAGUUGGUCAUCCUCAGAAUACUGGACAUGGGACUCAGGAGACAGAUUUAGGGGGAAGUGGGAGGGUGUGGACACAGUAGUUCUGCCUAGGGCAUAUACCCAAGGCUGAUGCAGGAAUGAGGGAACUUCCAGUCCUUUUGAGGGGCUUUUCCUGGCUACUGGGCGGAGUACGCAGCCUGGAACCCCCUACCAGCUACAUCCUCUCCCACUGUUGCUCUCCCAGAAUGGGAUAGGCUGCACAGAGGAGCUCAAGCCCAACUCUUCCCAUCCAUGCCAAGGGCAGGGCCUAGAGGGAAGAAGACAGAUGGCUUCAAAGAGGUGCUCCCCUCCCCCCACUCCAAGAGCCCUCAUGGUUAAGAUGCCUGGAUGCCUGGAUUGUGAAAAACUAAUCCUAGAGGCUGUGGUCCCCAGGGCUCCCUUGUGUGGCAAGUUGGAGAGAGCUGUGAGCCAGCAUUAGGGGUUCUAGGAGGGUUGGGUGGAGGUCAUGAGGCAGCCAGCCCCAGGGACAGACCGGAAGGACUGGAAGGCUCUUUUACCCUCCAGCUUCCUGCCUGCCUUCUAUUUUGAGCCCUACUCAGUUUGGAAUACUGGCCUUCCCACAAGUUUGGUAUUAAAAUAUCUUUUUAUGA